CUGAUGCUUGGUUGUGGGUUGCACAGUGACAGGUCGGCAAGUGUGAGUGCCCCCAAUUCACCGUGACUCUCUUCGGUUCAGAGUGCAGGGGAGUUUUCCACGAUAGGAGCCAUCGUCCAGGGCACCUGCAGGGAUGUCCAAGAAGCUCAGCUCCCAGUUACAGCAAAAAAUCCCAGAAGAUGUCUACUGUGAGGAACACCAACAGCCACUGCAGCUGUUCUGUGAUGACGACCAAAUGCUGCUUUGUGGCCAGUGCUUCCACUCCGAGGGGCACGAGAGUCACGUGGUGUUCGGAGUCCAAGAGGCUGCUGGCAGUUACAGGGAGUUAUUCCAGGAGAUAUUGAACACAUUGAAGGAGAAACUUGAAGUAGCUAAAAGCAUAUUGGCUGAUGAGCAAGAAAGAAUGGUGAUGAUUCAGGGAGAAGAACAGGAUUUUAAAGACAUGAUUGAGUCUGAAUAUAGGAUAAGGUUCCAGUUGAUGGUUGAAGAGAAGACGAAUUUCCAGAGGCUGCAAGGGGGUGUGUUCAACUUCAACAUGAGGGAAGAUGGUCUGAAUCAACUGAUGGAGUUUGCCACAGAGCUGAAGGAGAAAUCCCAGGAAGCGCUACAGAGACUGAGCGAUUUGGGGAAAGAGAACAUGAAUAAGCUGAAGGAGAGUGAAGUCAGGCUUUCUGAACAUAUCUGCAGCCUCCAAAGGAUCAUUGCAGAGCUAGAGAAGAAGUGUGGGGAAUACAACUUAGCGUUUCUCCAGAAUGCGAAAUAUUCUGUGGAAAGGAGCGAAUCAGUACUGCUUGAGUGUCUGGAGCCCGCUCAUAUCACAGACCUGAGUCUAUGCCAAGUAACAGGAAUGAGCACGAUGCUCAACACUCUCCAAAGAGCUGUCACUUUGGAUCCUAAAACAGCUCAUCCCUUUCUGGUCUUAUCUGAGGAUCUAAGAAGUGUGAGUCUCAGAAAUGUCCAGCAGGACAUUCCUGGCAGCCCAGGGAAAUUCAUUUUUGGUGCCACUGUGUUGGGUGUGGAGGGUUUCACCUCAGGGAGGCACUACUGGGAGGUAGAUGUGGAAAAGGCAAUCAGGUGGCAGUUGGGGAUAUCCGAAGACCCUGCCAGCAGCAAUUGUGACCUACCCGCUGCUUCCAGAGAUAAAUUCUUACUCACAGGUUCUAUGAUGGGAACCGAUUAUACGUUCUGGGUCUUUCCGCCUCUGAAAAGGGUCUUCUUGAGAGGAGAGCAAAUGCAUAAAGUUGGAGUCUUCCUAGACCGCGAGUAUGGGCAAAUAGCCUUCUAUGAUGUGACAAAUAGAUCCCUCGUUUAUAAUUUCUCUUCUCUCACCUUUUGCGGAGCUGUCAGGCCCAUAUUUUCUCUUUGUCUUCCAAGUGGAGGCCCAAGUUCAGACUCUCUAAGCAUUUGCUUUCCUCAUGUUUCUUCUUGUGAUGUUAAUGUUAGUCCACAGUCUUCCUCGGCAUGAAAUCUAAAACCACAAGGGGCCAGAAAGUAAAGAGCUUGACUUUGUAAA